ACUCCACCAAGGAUAUGGAUUUGUUUCUUGCAAAAACUAGUUCCUAAAUUUCAGUCGUAUCACUUCCUAUAUAGGGGUUUUUAUCUGUUUAAUUUGUGGUAUCAACACUAACCCACUCAAACCACUUCAAUUGUCAAGGGAAAAGAUCCAUCAAUGGCUUUACUACAAUGGCUGAAAGAAUGCUCCAAACCUACCUUGUUCGUUGUAACUAUUUUUCUAGUAGUGGUGCUCAAGUUUCUCAUGAAGGCGAGGCUGGAAAAGAGGAAGCUCAAUCUCCCACCAAGCCCUGCAAAAUUGCCAAUCGUUGGUAACCUUCACCAGCUUGGUAAUAUGCCUCACAUCUCUCUCCGAGGGCUUGCCAAGAAGUAUGGUCCCAUCAUUUUCUUACAGCUUGGGGAGAUCCCAACUGUAGUGAUUUCAUCAGCUGGAUUGGCAAAAGAAGUCCUGAAAAUUCAUGAUCUUGUACUCUCUAGCCGUCCGCAGCUCUUUUCAGCCAAACACUUGUUCUAUGGUUGCACUGAUAUUGCUUUUGCUCCUUAUGGUGCCUACUGGAGGAAUAUUAGGAAAAUUUGCAUACUUGAGCUGCUCAGUGCCAAGCGUGUCCAUUGGUACAGCUUUGUUAGAGAAGAAGAAGUUGCUCGCUUGAUUUGUCGGAUUGCAGAAUCUUAUCCUGGCAUCACCAAUCUAAGCUCGAUGAUUGCACUAUAUGCCAAUGAUGUUCUUUGUCGGGUUGCGCUAGGAAGGGAUUUCUCUGGAGGAGGAGAGUAUGAUCGGCACGGGUUCCAAAAAAUGCUUGACGAUUAUCAAGCAUUGCUUGGAGGAUUCAGUCUUGGAGACUAUUUUCCUUCGAUGGAGUUUGUGCACAGUCUAACUGGAAUGAAAUCGAAACUCCAGCACACCUUCAGACGGUUUGAUCAGUUCUUCGAUGGGGUGAUAGCUGAGCACCGCAGUUCUAAGGGAAAACAAGAGGAGAAGAAGGACCUUGUUGACGUUCUACUUGAUAUUCAGAAGGAUGGAUCUUCUGAAAUCCCUCUCACCAUGGAUAACAUUAAAGCUGUCAUCUUGGACAUGUUUGCUGCAGGAACAGAUACCACCUUCAUAACCCUUGAUUGGGCAAUGACAGAGCUUAUCAUGAAUCCUCAUGUCAUGGAGAAAGCACAAGCUGAAGUACGAAGUGUUGUCGGAGACAGAAGAGUGGUGCAAGAGAGUGAUCUGCCCCGGCUGAACUACAUGAAAGCUGUUAUCAAAGAGAUCUUCCGGUUACAUCCUGCCGCUCCAGUUUUAGUCCCAAGGGAAUCUUUAGAAGAUGUUGUAAUUGAUGGCUACAACAUUCCAGCUAAAACUCGGAUUUAUGUCAAUGUCUGGGGAAUGGGGAGGGAUCCAGAACUGUGGGAAAAUCCUGAAACAUUUGAACCGGAAAGAUUUAUGGGCAGCGGUAUAGAUUUCAAGGGGCAAGAUUUUGAGCUGAUACCAUUUGGAGCGGGUAGAAGAAGCUGCCCAGCCAUCACAUUUGGAGUCGCAACCGUUGAAAUUGCUUUAGCUCAACUCCUCCACAGCUUUGAUUGGAAGCUUCCUCCUGGUCUCGAAGCAAAGGAUAUAGACAAUACAGAAGCUUUCGGCAUCUCAAUGCACAGGACAGUUCCCCUGCACGUCAUUGCAAAACCACACUUCGAUUGACGCAAGAAGUGUCAGGAUUUUAUUAGUCUGUCAACUAGAAUCUGUAAUUUUCUUUCCGAAUAAAAGUUACUACUUGUGGUUUGCUUGUAAAAAGAAAGCAGAACUUGGGCGCGACUUAACUCCUGCCUUAGUCCUUGCUGCUGGAACUUGGACCCUCUUCCACUGCAAUACUUGGAAGAAAUCCAUGUAAAACUAUUCCCAUCAUGCUUAUUCCACAUACCCAACUUCCCUUAGUGAAAAAAUCUUUACUUUUCCUUCCCUAA